CCUUCCUCUUCCUCCUCCCCCUCCCUCCUCUUCCCCACCUUCCUCCACCCCUUCCCUUCCCCUCCCCUUCUCCCUCCUCCUCCUCCUCUUCUAGCUCAGGUUGCAGCUUCUCUGGGGAGCCGCUCACCUUUCCGGAGCUGGGGAAGCCGCCCCGAGCCUGGGCAGGGACCCCACGAGGGCGCGGGGCACGGCGCCCAGACCCGCCGCACCCCGGCCGUCGCGGGCUGGAGCCGGCGCGCCGCGGACCCCAGGACACGCGCGGACCCUGCGGCCUGCUGCCUGCUGAUCAUGAACAAAAUGAAGAACUUUAAGCGCCGCUUCUCCCUGUCAGUGCCCCGCACCGAGACCAUCGAGGAGUCCUUGGCCGAGUUCACAGAGCAGUUCAACCAGCUUCACAGCCGGCGCAGUGAGGGCCUGCAGCUCCAUCCUCUGGGCAGAGACCCCCAGCCAGAGUCCAGCACCUUCUCCCCCCAAGACAGAGGGGAGGACCCCGGGCAGCUGUCCCCUGGCAUGCAGUACCGGCGGCAGAACCAGCGCCGCUUCUCCAUGGAGGACAUCAGUAAGAGGCUCUCUCUGCCCAUGGACAUCCGUCUGCCCCAGGAAUUCCUCCAGAAGCUGCAGCUGGAGAGCCCAGACCUGCCCAAACCGCUCACACGAAUGUCCCGCCGUGCCUCCCUGUCAGAUAUCGGCUUUGGGAAACUCGAAACAUACGUGAAACUGGACAAACUGGGGGAGGGAACCUAUGCCACAGUCUUCAAAGGGCGCAGCAAACUGACAGAGAACCUCGUGGCCCUGAAGGAGAUCCGGCUGGAACAUGAAGAAGGCGCACCCUGCACUGCCAUCCGAGAGGUGUCUUUACUGAGGAACCUGAAACAUGCCAAUAUUGUGACCCUGCAUGACCUCAUCCACACGGAGCGCUCCCUCACCCUGGUGUUUGAGUACCUGGACAGUGACCUGAAGCAGUAUCUGGACCACUGUGGAAACCUCAUGAGCAUGCACAACGUCAAGAUUUUCAUGUUCCAGCUGCUCCGGGGCCUCGCCUACUGCCACCGCCGCAAGAUCCUGCACCGGGACCUGAAACCCCAGAACCUGCUCAUCAACGAGAGAGGGGAGCUGAAGCUGGCCGACUUCGGACUGGCCCGGGCCAAGUCAGUGCCCACGAAGACCUACUCCAAUGAGGUGGUGACCCUGUGGUACAGGCCCCCCGACGUGCUGCUGGGGUCCACGGAGUACUCCACCCCCAUCGAUAUGUGGGGCGUGGGCUGCAUCCAUUACGAGAUGGCCACAGGGAGGCCCCUCUUCCCCGGCUCCACGGUCAAGGAGGAGCUGCACCUCAUCUUCCGACUCCUCGGAACCCCCACGGAAGAGACGUGGCCUGGUGUGAUGGCCCUGUCCGAGUUCCGAGCCUACAACUUCCCCCGAUACCUGCCCCAGCCGCUCAUCAGUCAUGCUCCCAGGUUGGACACUGAUGGCAUCAACCUCCUGACCGGCCUCCUUCUGGUGAGUGUGCUCCCAAGCCGACCAGGGCCGGGCAGUCGGAGAGCUGAAGCCCCAGGAUCCCAGCCCAGCCCGCCGCCCCACCUGCGUGCUGGCAUGCCCCACGUACCCUCCCCCCACCAGGCCCGAGGGGAGUGCUGGCUUCCACAGACUUCAGAGUGGGUGCACUCCCAACUCAGAGCCCAAUUCAGACCCUAGCUGUGUAGCUGUGGGCAAGUUACAGAGCUUUUCUGGGCCUCAGUUUGCUCAACUGCAAAGUCGAAUGAAUCAUUCACAUUUUGUAAGAUGGUCUUGAGGAUAAAUUGAGGUUAUGUAAUACACUUAGAAUGGUGCCUGUCUUGAAUAAGCACACGAUGAAGGGUAGUUGUUAGCGUUACAUG